GGAGAUUACAGGGCUGCGCCAUCUUGUUUUUUCAUCCGUUGUGAAAAAUAAACGAGACACACGCUUGUUCUCAACUUUCUCUGUGGAAUGCAACUUCCACAAUAAUGGCAAAACGGUGUGGUAAGAGAAAAAUUGAUUCAGAAUGCAGGGUAUUUAACCCGCAGUGGACACGUGAUUACUUUUUUGUUCAGUUGAAAGAAAAGGCUGUUUGUCUCGUCUGUCAAGAGACGGUGGCGGUAUUCAAAGAAUACAACCUGCGCCGACAUUAUGAAUCCCGUCACAAAGACAAGUAUGCUAGCCGGGCCAGCUUCCGUGUUGCUCAGCUGAUAGCAAGCUGCGGUAAAUCUUUCACUGAAGGAGAGUUUGUCAAGAAAUGUUUGAAUGUUGUCGUGGAGGAGGUCUGUCCCGAGAAGAAAGAUGUCUUUAAUGCCGUGAGUCUGUUGGCAAGUACAAUUACCCGACGUGUUGAAGAAAUUGGGGGUAAUGUGUAUGCCCAGCUGCAGCAGAAGACUAAAGAUUUUCAGUUUUUUUCAUUAGCACUGGAUGAGAGCACGGACGUGCAGGACACCGCGGAGCUUCUUAUUUUUAUUCGUGGAGUUAACGCAAACUUUGAGAUGUGCGAGGAGCUGGCAGCCCUACAAAGCCUGAAAGGGACUACAACUGGGGAGGAUAUUUUCGACAAAGUAUGUCAAACCAUGCAACAGUUGGGUCUGGACUGGGCAAAGCUCGCCAGCAUCACGACUGACGGGGCCCCUAGUAUGGUGGGCGCGUCUCGGGGUUUAAUAGGACGCAUGAACCGGGAGAUGGAGGAACGGGGUCUCACCGCCCUGCUACAAGUACACUGCCUAAUUCACCAGCAAGCGCUGUGCUGCAAAGUGUUGAAGUGGGAUUCUGUCAUGAAGGUUGUGGUAUCGUGCAUAAACUUCAUCAGAGCUAAUGGACUUAAACACAGGCAGUUCCAACAAUUCCUGUCUGAACUGGAGUCUGCGUACGGAGAUGUGCUGUACCACACAGAGAUCCGAUGGUUGAGCCGCGGCAAAGUUUUGAGGCGUUUUUACGAGCUGCUACCUGAAGUUAACGCAUUUCUUCAGUCAAAAGGCAAAACAGUCCCAGAGCUGAUCGACCCAGCAUGGAAAUGGCACCUCGCAUUUUUAACAGACGUGACAGAACUGCUGAACGGCCUUAACUUGCAGCUACAAGGGAAGGGGAAACUCAUUUGCGACAUGUAUUCCCACAUAAAAGGAUUUGAGGUGAAACUACGGCUGGUUUUGGAACAAGUGGAAAAGCACAACUUCACCCAUCUCCCUGCUACCCAAAGCUUUUCUGCAGAGAAGCCAUCUGUCGUGUUCCCAGGUGAAAAGUGUGUGGAAGCACUGGAAAUGAUGAAGGCGGAGUUCGGUGUACGAUUCCGUGAACUACAUGUUCAUGCAAAAGAAAUCCGUCUUUUUCAGAACCCUUUUGUUGCCGACAUCGAUGAAGCCCAGCCUUCGUAUCAGUUUGAGCUGGCCGAGUUACAGAACUGUGAUGUUCUGAAAGACGCAUUCAAGCCCAACAGUCUCAUUGACUUCUAUGCCGCCCUCCCAAAUGACACCUACCCUAACAUAAAACAACACGCAAUAAAGAUGUCCACACUUUUUGGCAGCAUGUAUAUCUGCGAGCAAACCUUUUCACGCAUGAAACUCCUGAAAACUCCAACGAGAUCAAGAUUGACAGAUGAACAUUUGCAUCAGUGUUUGAGACUGGCUGUGACUAGAAUGGAACCGGACAUUCAACUUCUCUCCAGCCAGAUGCAGGCCCACAGUUCACACUGAUGAACACACAGUACAUAGAGGGAAGUUGAUGAGAGGGAGCCUACAGUGGUGUCUACUGGGCUAGCCUAUGGAACCUACAAAGAACACAAGAACUUUUCUGCUGUGACAAGUGAAGUUUACCUUUUAUCUAGGAUUGUGCAUGGCACAGCAUAACUUUCUUUCUGUGAAGAACCCAGAGAGGGUUAUUUGAUCUCAGAAAGGGUUAUUAAUAUUUGGAUAUGUGUGGUGCGCUGGAGUGUCAGCAUGUUUUCUGGAAAACAAUAAAUGAUUACAUUUAGGGA